AGAUGCAGACAUACAACCAUCACAUUAGCAACUCUAAGCAAUCUUUGAUAUAUAAUGUUCAACUAUUCAAGUACAAAAGCAGAGGUGACAAGAGUAUGCAUCCAAACUUUUUGACUAGGAAAUGUGAAUCUUGUAGGAGUUUUUGUGGGAACUUCUGGUACCAUAUCAAUGAAAAUUGGAGCCUGUAAAUGGUGGGUGGGCUCAUGGAGGAGGUGAUGGUUAUGGAGGAGAUUGUGGUUAAGAAAAUCUCUAUGGCAAAGGCUAUGAAAGAAACAGAGUUGCAUCAAGCACUGCUUUAUCUAACCAUGGACUCAUUUGCGGAUCAUGCCUUGAGAUUAAAUGUAUUUGUGACAAAAUUAAAUUGGUGCCUGUCACCUGCUGCCAACAGAGAUCAAUCUUUAGCCACAAUGACAGAUGACUUCUUCUGUCUAAGAAAUUCUAGCAUAACUUAUGGAACAGAAAUGGAACAGGUGCAAGUUUUCCCCUGUUAUGACACUUGGAUCUCUAUCGGCCUAUUUUCAGACAUAUAUAAUCGAACAAUAAAAAGGAUUGCUUGGUUAAAAGCUGGUGAAAUCGUGUUCAUUAUGAUGGCCAUUUGAACUUGAACUAUGUGUUAUCUGUCUCCACGAUGAGGGAUAAUUGGUGAGGGAGCAAAGCAAUGUCUUGGAAUUGGGCAGACAUUGAGCCAAAACUAAAAGAGCAACUCUCACCUAAAUGGUUGAGUCAUCUCUUUUGUAGAGGUAGUCCUCCUAUGUUAGACUUAUCCAAACUGAUUUAGUUUCUUGACUAAAUCAGAUUUUCAUAGUUAUAUCUUGGCCUGUAUGUGCAGGAGAACGUGUUGCACCAUAUCAGAUUUUCAUAGUUAUAUCUUGGCCAGUAUGUGCAAGGGAACAUGUUGCACCGUUUCACCACAGUAAGCAGAUAUUUUGUAUCAUUUCAUCAAAAAAAGUGCUGAACCUUUAAUUCCCACUUUUGGAGGAAAUGUGAAUGUUUUAGGAGUUUUUGUUGGAACUUGUGCUACCAUAUCAAGGACAAUUUGAGCAUGUAAAUGGUGGAUGGACUAAUGCUCCUGGAGGUUUUGAUGCUUAUAAUAUAAUGGGUAAUGGUCG